AUGUUGGUUGCUGCCCUGGAGGAAGAAUGGGAAAAUCAAACAUCUGUAACAGAAUUCAUCCUCUUGGGCUUUGGGGAUGUUCAAGAACUGCAAGUUUUACUUUUCUUGGUGUUUUUACUAGUCUACAUAAUUACCAUGGCAGGCAACAUCCUCAUCAUUGCUCUGAUCACAGUUAAUCAUCAACUUCACACACCCAUGUACUUCUUUUUAGGGAACUUGUCUUGUUUGGAGACUUGCUACAGCUCCAAUAUCCUGCCCAAGAUCCUUGCCACCUUUAUAACUGGAGGAGGAACCAUUUCUGUUUGGGGAUGCAUCACUCAGUUGUAUGUUUUUGCUGCUCUGGUAGUUACGGAAUGUUGUCUUUUGGCCGUGAUGUCUUAUGAUCGGUAUUUGGCAAUAUGCAAACCAUUGCACUAUUCAAUGAUUAUGAAGGAAAAACUCUGCUUCACCCUAGUGCUUGGAUCUUGGGUUAAUGGGUUCUUGUCCAUGUUUGUAAUCUUAUAUCUACUGUCAAGGUUAACUUUUUGUGGUCCCAAUGAAAUUGACCACGUCUUCUGUGAUUUUACACCCAUCUUGAGAAUCACCUGCAGUGAAACACAUGUAAUUGAAUGGGUGUCUUUAAUAUUAUCUUCAUUGUCCACCUUGCCCCCAUUUAUGUUUACAAUGAACUCCUACAUAUUUAUUAUAUCCACCAUCCUGAAGAUUCCAUCUACUACUGGGAGAAAGAAGGCAUUCUCUACUUGCUCUUCCCACCUCAUAGUAGUAACCAUUUUCUAUGGGACCCUAAUCAUUGUGUAUGUGCUGCCAAAAAAUAAACUACUGAGAACCUUAUACAAAGUUCUAUCUCUCCUUUAUACUGCAUUUACUCCUCUGGUCAAUCCUAUGAUAUACAGUCUGAGAAAUAAGGAAGUCAAAGAAGCCCUGAAGAAAUCUGUUCAAAAAAUUGACCUAUUCCAUAAGACUCCAGAGAGUUCAAGCAAAAGAUUUUAA